GCGGGGAGGGCGCUCUUGCGCUGGAUACGGGUACAUAGCGUGUGGUGCGUAAGAAGGUGGUGUGCAUACGGGGUAGGUGAGUAGGUAAGGUUGAAUGGUUCGUGGUGUGCACAUCUACACAUUCACUUUCUUUCUUUCCAUUUUUCUUUUUCCUGUUCCAAGGAUAGAAGAUACGGUACAGGAUACCCGACAGCCGGUCCCACAGCAUAGAAGCUUCGAUGGAUCAUGGAAGGAAGAUCGAACCGCCCGCCGUCGGUCAGCAGCUGCGUAUUGUAUUGUACACCGCCAGCCAGGGGUCGGCAUACCUACCUACUUACUACGUACCUACGGAUUAGCUUUGCGUCUAGCACCUCAUCGCAUCGCCUAAAACUACAGACAACGCCCGCUACUCCAUACACACACACACACACACACACACUUUCUCUCUCUCUCUCUCUGCCGAGCAAGCAAUGGCAACCGCCACCAGCAGCACGCAAGCAAGGAAGCAGCAG